UCUCCACGUACUCCAGAUUGUACACCUCUGGACUUCAUCUUUUGGGCUUACCUAAAAGGUAAGUUGUACGGAUUUGAGAGGAUCCCCAAUAUUGAUGAGCUGCGAAGACGGAUUCUUCAGUAUGCCGCCGAGAUUCCACCGGAAGUUCUUAGAACAGUAAUCAAUGACGAAGUUGAAAAACGCCUUCGAGCCUGUGUUGUAGCACGGGGCGAUUUAUUUGAGUAUUUGCUUAAAUAAAUUAUCACGGAGAAUACCAAUUAUAUCCUCACACAAC